GUAAAGCAGGCCGAGCUGGCUGUGUGUGUGUGCGGGAUGUAAAUAGAGUUCAUGAGGCUGUAAUUUAUUAAAAUAGAAAGGUGUUCCACACGGAAAAGAGCUGAGCAUCGUUUACGGUAGAGGAGCAUGAUGGAGGAGGAGUGUGUGGAUGGAGGAGGAGACGCUGUCCUGCAGCUCCACCUGCCCUGUAAUCCUCUGUUUUCCUGCACGGUGUCGGUCGGGACCGAUCUGUCCAUGGCCGACAUCUCGGACCUUCACGCUGAAGUGUGUGAGCUCAGGAAAACGGUCCGCCACCUCGAGGAGAGGCUCAGUCAAGCGCUGAAUCUUUCCAACCAGCAGGUGAUGGGAUCGACACCAGUGUUGUGCUCUGUGUGUAAAUCUGAUCUAAACCCCUCAGAGGUGCGAGUCUCUGAGCACACACUGCAGGGUGUGGAGGGUGUACAGAGUGUGUGUGGUGGUGAUGCAGCUGAAUGGCCUGAUGUUAGUCCACAGGAGAGGGAAAAGUGUGAGGAGAAUAAACCCAGCACCUCUGUCCAUUUAUACAGUGAUCCAAACCCCACAGAGUCCCACUCCUCACCACACACUUCACGAAAAACAUAUAAUGGUGAAGAACAGCACACGAUACACACUCCACUGAGGUGUUCAGUGACACUGGUGGACUGCAGGGCCAUGGUGGAGAUGAAUGGAGACACCACACAAGAAGAAGACCUGCAUGAUGGGAGUGUUCAUGCUGAGGAAGCCAAUGAUGACUUUUGUCCUUCAACUCCUUUAGGUGGCUGCAGCAAGUCUUGUGAUGAAGAAAGCAAAUCUUCAGUGAAACGAAAUCGGAAAAAGAAGAGUGGAACAAAAGCGGUCUUUCCGUGCUCCAUCUGUGGACAGGAACUGACGUCUGCGGUGUUUUUGAUGAGACACAUGAAAAUGCAUGAAAAUUGCACGAAACGGCAGAUGUUGCGGCCUCAUGUCUGUACUGUGUGUGGAAAAGGUUACUCCACACGCUCAGUCCUCAAAGUCCACAUGAAAUCACACAGCAGGGACAAACCUUUCCGCUGUGAAUUGUGUGGAAAAUGUUUCAAGACCAAGGGAAACCUCAAAUGCCAUCAGAACAUACACACCGGGCAGCGACCAUUUCAGUGUGCUUACUGCGAAAUGUGUUUCUAUCAUAAAACACACCUUAAAAAACACGAACGUGUGCACACCAACGAGAAGCCUUACGUGUGCUCCGUCUGUGAGAAAAGCUUCAUCACCAUCAGCGCUCUGAAACAGCACCAGAGAGUUCACACAGGUGAAAAGCCAUACUCCUGCUCCUACUGCGACAUGACGUUCAGCCAGAAAGGGCACCGCGACCGCCACGAGCGAACACACACGGGGGAGAAGCCGUUCCUGUGUGACCACUGUGGGAAGGGGUUUUCGGACCCCAGGCAUUUUUACACCCAUAAACGUAUCCAUGUAGGUGAGAAUCGCGAGAGGCCAUUCCAGUGCUCGUUCUGCGGCAACAGCUUCUUCUAUCGCAUCAACCUGAAGCAGCACGAACGCGUUCACACUAAAGAGCGACCGUAUUGCUGCCCUCAGUGUCCAAAAACGUUCGCUCGGCCUGACGUGCUCAAAACACACCUGCGUGUUCACACGGGAGAGAAACCGUACCACUGCAGCAUCUGCAAUCAGGGCUUCACUUAUCUGGGCAGCUUCAGGGCGCAUCAGAAGAAUCACACCCAGGAGAAUGUGAAUCGGAGAUGAUAGCUGAUGCUUUUUAGCUGACAGUUUAGCUAUUUUAAACCUGUAACAAACAAGGUAAACAGUUAAUCUUGAUAAUUUAAUGUGGGUCAAGAAUAUAGACAGAAACAGCACAAGAGGAUAUACUUUAUUUUGGGAUGAGUGGCCCCUCAAAAGUUUCCUGAGAUGCCUGCGUAACUCACAUUGGCCUGUCGGGGCCAUCUUUUUUCCAUUUACCUAGUCAUCUGUAAAAUCUCAUUUGAUGGAUCAGGCAGAACUUCCAGUUCAAACUUCAGACAAGCAUUUUCUAAAACAAACAAACAAUUGAAUGUUGUAAUACCCUCUGGAGACGUAUGAUUUGGUCUGCAUGAUGAUUAACAAAAUCUUAAAAACCAGACCAGGUUGUUGUCAAGACUGACUGAAUACUGUACAAAGAGUAUAAGUGUACAUAAAAAUGGACUUUCAUUUAAAAAGUGCAGUAAUAAAAUGACAACAGUGCUGUAUGUUCCCACUGACAAAGUAAUGGCUUUCUAGACACAUCAGUAGUUUCAUUGGGAAAUGUUCAGAGGUGAGACUCUUAUUCAGUUAGGAAUCCAUUUUCAUUGAGGCCGCGCUCUGACUGGAGAUUACAGGUAAAUAAACUGGAGCGAGCAUCAAACCACUCUACUAACUAAUGUCUCAUAUCAUCUCAUUAUCUGUAGCCGCUUUAUCCUGUUCUACAGGGUCGCAGGCGAGCUGGAUCCUAUCCCAGCUGACUACGGGCGAAAGGCGGGGUUCACCCUGGACAAGUCGCCAGGUCAUCACAGGGCUGACACAUAGACACAGACAACCAUUCACACUCACAUUCACACCUACGCUCAAUUUAGUGUCACCAGUUAACCUAACCUGCAUGUCUUUGGACUGUGGGGGAAACCGGAGCACCCGGAGGAAACCCACGCGGACACGGGGAGAACAUGCAAACUCCGCACAGAAAGGCCCUCGCCGGCCACGGGGCUCGAACCCGGACCUUCUUGCUGUGAGGCGACAGCGCUAACCACUACACCACCGUGCCGCCACUAACUAAUGUGUUUUUCAUAUUUUAUUUUGCAUUCCUUUUAUAGUUUUUAUUUUUUUUUUGAGGAGCCUUCUGUAAAUCACUUCCGUGAUGCUGGCAUCCUCAAUAACGAUCAUUAAAGAAAGAACCUACUCAUUGUGGGAUGUUUUUGUCAUGACAGGACUGUUUGUUCUGAAUGUUGUGUUUGUUAAGUUGAUAAAGAUACUGUGCUCAUAA